AUAAGUCUUGAUGAAUAUUCCAUCAAACAGGAUAUGCAAAAAGGACAUUGGGACAGAGAAUAGUCACGAUGACAAUCAAUGCAAAUAUGGGACCAGUUAAGUGGACCAGUUUGAUGAUUUAAUUACAAAUGUAUUUAAUGAGUCUUGGUAAAGAUGGAUGAUAUUUUCAAGAAGAAAUCAAACGAUAUAUUUUCAAAAAAAGUCAUCGACGUAUUUGAGAACAAAUCAGACAACGAUAUACUAGCACAUAAAAGUGGCGGCAUAGAUGUAUUUGAGACGAGAGAAGAUAUCUUUGAAAACCCAGGCUAUCAGGCUAACAUCUUCCCCGGAGACAAAGAGACAGAAUAUCAUGAACCAACAGUAAAAGAUAAACCACUCCAGGUUUUAGAUGUACUAUGCCAUGGCAAAUUCCGAAAGAACAGAUGUCAUGCCAAGGUCAUACAGAGGACACUUGAACUUUAUAUGAAAGAAGAAGAUAAAAUCAUGAAAAAGAAACCGACUGCAGUUAAACCAAAGAAAGUGACAAUUAAGGAUGAUUUAGAGUGGUAGGGAUAAACUGUAAGCUUAGAACAGUUAUCCAUAAAUUAAAGACACCAUUCAAGUACAACUUUGCUGCAUCCGAUCCAAACAGUGCGAGGUGAAAAAAAAGAAAUGUUUUCGAGUCGAGAUAAUUAUCAGCCGUUUUGUCAAAAGUCGGAAAAGUGCUAUGUGGUUCCGAUUGCUCCGCUCAGUGAAUGCGAAAAUAAUUCGAAAGGAACCAGUGUGAUUUGUUUAUUCAUAAAAGGCGUUUUAUUCUAUUGGCUGUUUGUUUAAUCCAUGGUUCGUUUACUUAUUCAAAGGUGAAAAGCAAACGGAGUGCCACCCAUAAUUCUUGAUGCCACGCUUCUGUGUUUAUUAAACGUUACUGUUUCCCUUAGAAGGUUUAGAAGAUGAAAACUGUGAGGUAUCAUGAAAAAUAUA